UUGCAGGCACCUUGUGGACGACACUCAUCCUCUUCACACUGCCACACCUCACCUGCAACAUGCCCUGCCCCGGCUGUUGCCUGUACAAAUCAAAUGAAGUCCUGUGUUUCAGCGACACCAUCACAGAUAUACCAAAGCAGCUGUCUGUCCACACAUACACACUGCGGCUUGAUCAAACAAACAUGAACAUCAUAAAUGAGCAGAGCUUGGCGAACAAGAAGCUCCUGUUGCGUUUCAGUCUGACUCGCAGCCGGCUACACACUAUCCAUCCCAGAGCCUUUCACGUUGCUCCACAGCUCAAGUCUGUACAGCUGUCGUCCAAUGAUCUCUCUGCCUUCCCUGCUCGAGUCUUCAGUCCAUUGACCACUCUGGAGGAGCUGUAUUUAGAUAGAAACCAGUUGGAGAGCAUAGCUCCGGAUAUGUUUAAAGGACUUGUUCAGUUGCAGAAACUGGACUUGAGCGCUAACAGAGUGAGCAGUCUUGCUUCACAUGUUUUCUAUGGACUGACAAGCCUCACCUUCCUGAACCUUGGCAGGAACUCCAUCAAGAAACUUCCACCAACCAUUUUUCAUGAUUUGACUAAUCUUGGCAUGCUCAUGAUCUAUAACAACGAACUAAAGGUGCUAGAAGCUGGGAUUUUUGAUGAACUUGUCAACCUUGUGGUGCUAAAAAUUCAUCAGAACCAGAUAACCAGCCUCCCACCUCAGGUGUUCUGGUCACUGAGGAACCUGGAGAACCUGACUCUGUCCUCCAACCAACUUCAGACGAUCCCGGAAAAGAGUUUCUACAACAUGCCCAAGUUGAUCCAGCUUACCAUUUACAAGAAUCCGCUAUUAUCUCUACCAGACCAGCUAAUGGGUCACAUGCCUGACAUGACUGUCUUUUAUCUGUAUAACACCAGCCUCACCACUGUUCCUGGAAACUUGUUCGCCAACAUGUCUGGACUCCAGAAUCUUAACUUACAUCUUAAUAUCAAGCUGAGGGAGUUGCCCUCAGACCUCUUCUGCUGCGUUCCCAAUCUUGAGCAGCUGUCAUUGAAAUCCAACGACCUCCAUUAUCUACAUCCUCAGCUGUUCUCCAGACUGACCACACUGGGCAUGCUGUGUCUUAAUGACAAUAAGCUGCAGAGCCUUUCAGAUAACAUUUUUCAGGGCCUUGAACAGGUUUUGACGGUUAAUUUGACGAAUAACAGCCUCAAGAAUCUUCCAGGAGAUAUUUUCUUGUCAAACACAGUUUUGAGUGAUCUUACGCUGAGUGGCAACCCCUGGAACUGUGUUUGUAGUAUCAGCGGUAUUGCCAAAUGGAUAAGACAUAAUGAGCAUGUGGUUCUUGACAGAGAUGAUGUGAUAUGUCAUAGUCCAACGUACCAACAGCUCCGAACCGUUGGCUCCCUGCGUGAUGAGGAGUUAUUUUGCGAUGGUACAACGUUCAGGACUUUUUUUUCUUCACAUAAGCCGAUGAAACCGUUUCACACCAGUGAACAAACACCAGCUGUAGCUUCAACAACCGCAAUGCCUACAACAAGAUCAACCACCAUUCAAAUAGCUACCCAACAAGUCACCAUCCAAACAAACACUCCAACUGCAAAACCUUCUGCCUUACAUACAACGAUCCCACCAACAACUCUCCAAUCUCCCACCACCACUCUGCCUAACGAGGAGUUUCUUCUUAUAACCGAGACUCCCUUGUCUUAUUACUUGUCACCUACUUUCCAUGACACAUUGGUGGUUGAACAGGGGCCCGAGUUUGUUCACCACAACCGUCUCAAGGGCUUGGUGUACGUGUGGUUUCUGCCCUCGGAUGCAGCCUUGACCGGGCUCCUCAUGUUCUGCCACAUCCUUCUUGUGGCCGCAGGCUUGUUCCUCAUUCUUGCUGCCAUGUUUUGCAUGUAUCUCCUCAACAAGACGAUGGAUGAGCUGAAGGAUGAGUUUGAACAUCCUCCAGGAAUGGACCUGCCCCUGACACUUCAUGUGCUCCUACUUCUCUGUUCGAUCAAUGCUGUUGUUUGGGCGUGUCCGGAUGACUGCAAAUGUCAAGAAACCAAAAUCCUCUGCAGUGGCCUCUCAGAUUUCCCCACAUCUGUGCCCUCAUCUACCACAUUCCUCUACUUCUCCAAUUGCACUAUCUAUUUCUUGAAACCAGAACACUUAAAUGAUUUUUCUAACGCCCUUAGCGUCCUUGUGAUUAAAGACACUGUUUUGAGGGAAGUGCACACUGGCACAUUUAAUUCCACUCCGAACAUAAGUGCCAUCGGGUUUAUUACCACCGAACUGCAAGAUCUUCCUGAGGCCGUGUUCCAAAAUCUACAGAAACUUAAGACUUUGAAUCUAAAUGGCAACAAGCUCCUCGUACUCCGACCUCACUGGUUUUCCCGGUUGGCAGAGCUGAAAAACCUUGACCUCAGUAAGAAUCUUUUCAAUUCCGUACCUGUGGAAACUUUUCACCCUCUUACUGAGCUGGAAUACCUUUUUCUUUCGGGAAACAAUAUCAGUCAACUACCUAGAGAGACAUUCAAUGGGCUAUCUAAGCUGAAAGUCUUACGGGUUAAUAAGAAUUUGCUACACGAACUCCCCCUUGGCAGUUUGGAUGACCUUGGCAACCUGGAGGAACUAUCCCUACAUGACAAUCUUAUCACUCAUCUCCACCAUGACCUGUUCUCCAAGACUUUGAAACUCCAGAAGCUGUUCCUCUCCAACAAUAGGCUCACAUCUCUUCCACAAGGGAUCUUCUUAAACCUGCCCCUUCUUUCCCAGAUCUCCCUGUAUGAAAACCAGCUGAAGAGUCUGGGACCAGGAGUGUUUGGGCCCAUGGCGCUGCAAGAGUUGUGGCUGUAUGACAACAAGCUGAGCCGUGUGGAGGAUGACACAUUCAGGAACCUGACUCAGUUGCGUCUCCUGGUGCUCAGUCGCAACCAGAUCAGCUCUGUAUCCACAAGGGCCUUUGCAGGGUUGGAGCAGCUGGGAGAGAUAUCACUUCACACCAAUCUGCUCACAACCCUGCAACCUGGGGUUUUCCAAGGUUUGCCAAGUCUGGUCAACAUUUCCCUAGAGCACAACGCCAUCAGCUCCCUACCACCGGGUUUUCUACAAGGCCUGAUCAACCUGGGACAGAUAGACCUGCAAAAUAACUCCCUUCCCAACCUGCCACAGAAGAGUCUAGAUGCCCUCACUGUAGCAAAGGAGGUUCUCUUGCAGCAGAACCCCUGGAGGUGUGACAAGGAUAUUCUGCCACUCAGAGAAUGGCUGAGAAAGCACCCAUUCAAGGUCAACCAAACUCUUGUAGUGUGUGAAACACCUUUCAGUCUGAAUGGUGAGACCAUUGUUUUGCUGGCAGAUGAGAACUUCCUGCCUCUCAACUCUACAGAGGAGCCUGUGUUGACCUCGACUGAGUUGAAGAGGAAACCCCACACUCCUCCAACUAGACAAAGCACUUCCUCACCUGCGGUCAAGACCACCCCCACAUCAGAGCACGAAGAGGUCACCAGUGGAGGCCAAGGAGAGACGGGAACAACUUCUAAUGAUAUUUCGAUCAUCCUCAUCCUCAUUGCUGUAGUGGCCACUGUCAUCAUCAGCACUGUCAUCAUCAGCUGUGUGUGUUGGAGGAGGAACAAGAGAGGCAGCGGAAAUAUAGGCCGCAGUAAUAAGAACUCUGUGCUGUAGCUUAGACCACCCAAUGUUAGCAACCCAAAAACUUUUAAAGCCAAGGGAAAGUACUCACUGAUUACUGUGGUUUACUUGGAAAAUGUGACGCUCCUAGAGUCUCAAAGGCAACAGAAAGAACCACUUCGGCUCCAUUCAGAUGUAACAGCUAGAACAAACAAGUCAACUUUUGAAUUCAUUAGCUUUCCAUUUUUAAUGAUCAAAUGUACCAGCCAGCAUCCCUCUUCAUGUGUGCUGUAAAAAUAGAACAGACAUUGCAUGUACUAAUGGUAAAAACAGUUAUGGUGCCAUCUUGUGGGCAACCUGGAUAUUUUGGUGAAUGUGAGCUCCGAUGCACUGAAAAAGUGUACUUCUUACAGUAGAAUUAAAACUGCAUGCAGUAUUAGUAUUCCAUUUUUCAGAAUUAGUAAUUGCAGUUUGACUAUGUGUGUUUGUGCUAACAACAAUACAUUGAGGAGACAGUUUUACUAUCCAAAUGGCUAUCCAUGAAAAAUCAAAACAUGUCAUUUUGACUCCACUGUAAUACAAUUCAUCUAAUGGUUUUGACACUUACAAUGCAAAAUGCUACUAUACAUUGAAUAAAUGCACUACUUUUAGUGAAAACAA